AAAAGGCCCCCGUGUUGCAGCAGGAGGGACGUCUGAGGAAGAGAUGGCUGCCAUGACGGGUCUCGUCCUUCUGCUGUGGGCCGGUGUCACAGUGGCCUCACAGGUGGAUCUGCACAAGAGGAUCUAUGGAGGACGGGAUUGUCUACACGAUGAGCGUCCGCAUCAUGUGGAUUUAACAUCUACAAGUGACCCUGAUUACUUCUGUGGCGGCACUCUGAUCAGUAAUCAAUGGGUUCUGACUGCAGCUCACUGCCAUGAGCCCGGAGAGACGAUAAUAGCCCAUCUUGGGAACCCAAGGAGACAAUAUACCAUCACAGACAAAAAAAAAUUAACAAAGUGGUUUUUUAUAAAACAUGACAUCAUGCUGCUGAAGCUGCCUGAUACAGUUCCUGAUCCAUUUGCAGCUCUUCCUACGGACUGUUCAGGUCAUCCCCCAAAGUGAGUCACAAGCUUUAUUUCUUUUACUAAAAGUCAGACGCGUAACUCAAAUAACCAUGAAAUCUUUCUAGAGAAGCUGUACUCUAGUUUCCAUCUCAUCUGGUCAUAAAAUAAAUGUGGUCUAGUUUAAUGUGGUCCAUGAAAGAAGGAUCGAGAUGUGAAGCAGCAGUUAGUAGUUAAAGAGGAGCACUAGAACGUGGUAAUAAAUAUACACAGGUGAGUGGAUGAGUCACUUCCACCUGACGUCAGUA